AUGCCACGCCAAAAAGACUUUGCAUGGACACAUUGCACAGCAAUUCCUGAUAGCAUGAAGGUCAAGUGCAAUUGGUGUCAAGAUGAGAUCAGUGGUGGAAUUUAUCAUUUCAAAUGGCAUUUGUCAAAAGAACGAGGAAAUAACACCGAGAUAUGCAAAAAAUGCCCUGCAGAUGUCUCGUAUCAGGCAAAGCAAUCUCUUGAAGGGAUUGCUAAGAAUAAGGCCAAAAAGGCAAGAAUUGAGGUUGAACUAGGUUCUACUUCUAUAAAUCCUAGGAUGCACGAUUUGGGUGAGGAUGGUGAAGAUGGGAGUUUCAGGGAAUCUGAGUUGACACAUAAUUCUAUAGCAUGUGGACCAAACACAGUUGUAGGUCCUGGGUUUCAAGCCCCAUCUUAUGAAUCAUUGAGGGUUGGUAUGCUGAAAGAUGCAGUAGAGGAUGUUCAAGAUGUUGUUAAACAACAUCGAUUGCAGUGGGCUAGAACUGGUUGCAGCAUCAUGUCAGAUGGUUGGACAGAUAGAAGGAACCGAACUCUCAUUAACUUCCUUGUCUCUUGGAGACUUCUGACAGAUAAAUAUCCUUCCAUGUUUUUUACACCAUGUGCAACACAUUGCCUUGAUCUAACCCUAGAGGACAUUGGAAAAAUUGAAUGGGUUAAGGCGACAUUUCAAAAAGCUCACAAGGUUACCAAAUUUGUUUAUAAUCACACAAGGGUUUUGGCUAUAAUGCGCUCUUUCACGGGAGGCAAGGAGCUAGUUCGACCAGGAGUGACAAUAUUUGCAACAUAUUUCCUUGCAUUACAAACAUUAUGUGAACAAAAAGGUAAUUUGAGGCGAAUGUUUGUUUCAGCUGAGUGGAUGGAGUCUGGUUUCACAGCUCAAGCAAAUGGCAUUGCAGUGGCAGAGGAAACACUGAUUUCUACAUGGGCAAAAUCAGGAACUAUUGAGGAAUGCUUGCCAAUUGACCUUGAUGAGAUAUAUCCAGAGUGCAAGUUGAUUGUUGUUGAUGAUGCUGAUGAUGAUGAUGAUGUUGAUGAUGAUUAUGUUGUUGCUGAUCGCUCGCUUGAGUCUGAAGAUUUUGAUCGUCCUAAAUGGGUUGAACGAAUUAGGACAGGCUCUUACCCAGGAGCUUCAUUAUCAGGGCCUCCUGCCCUCUAG